AGUCUCUCAGGUUUGAGCCUCGGGAGAUGUCACAUACUAGUUGGUUAGACUUUGACAUAGACUGGUCAUAUGACAUGGAAAGCCUCUACCCCACACCCUGGGAUGUGAACACACAGGGCCGACUAAGACAAGAAGCUGCUGGAAUCUCAGUCCCAGGUUUUCCAAAUAUACUUCAACUUUAUUUAUAAAGUGCUUUAACGCCCACAGAGGGACAACACAUUGUACAGAAAAGAUAUGAAUAGAUAAAAUAAAUAACAUUAAAUUCAUUAAAAACAUAGUCAACACGAGACAAAAUCAGCAUGUUACAGUGUUGAAAGUAAAAGAAGGAAUCUGGAGUUCUGGAACUGAUGGACUGGCUGAGUCAAAGUCCAGAUUUGAAUCCUAUUGAACAAAUUUGGGAUUUAGUCGAUUCAAAGAUUGAUCGCACAAAAGUUUAAUCUAAAAUAACGAUGACAUUUUUAGUUUUAAACAAGUUUUUGAAAGAUUUCUAAAAUACUGAAGUCUUCUGACAGGUAGUCUAAUGAAUUUGUUUAGUAUUCAACAAACAAAUCCACGACAAUCUACAUCAGGAGAUGAUACUGUGGAGGUGUGGUCACCUGUGAUGAACAUGGCUCCAUCAGACGACCCUGAUCUCACACAGGAUCUACAAACAACAACACAGAGUUUGAUUUAUCUGAGGACAACACAGAGGCUCUGUCACAUUUUACACCUGAAGUGUCAAGUGAACGUGAAGAAACUUCAUACAGGUUCAGUUGCCCACAUCCAGGUGUGUACCAGUGUGAUCUGACUCGACUGAGGUUUACUAUGAGUCGGGAAGGGAAGUUGUCAUUCAGGGUCGUCCAGUGGGAUGAGCAGCUCCUCCAGGCAGCUGGAAAGGUGCCUGCAGGUCCACUGUUUGACAUCAAGUGUCCUGAGGAUGCUGUGUCUCAGCUGCACCUCCCACACUGUGAAACAACACCUGUACUGCCCUCUGAUGGACUGUCUGUUGUCCACAUCAGUGAUCAUGGGAUGAGCAUUCUUGACCCACAGGAAAUAACAGAAACCCAUGUGGUUGUGGAUGUCCCUCACCUCUCUGCCUUCGGCUUGGUAUGGGAUUUAAUUAAAAGGUUCCUAAACAUCCAGAAACCAAUAAGUGCCCAAGUUCUGCUGUUUCACCAAAGAACCUACACAAAGCUACUCCGUAAACUCACCGUGUUCCUGCUGCCAGAGAACGUCCCACUGCAGGAGGUGAAAGUUCAACGGGAAAACACUGAGUACAUUGAAGUCCCUUCCAUCUGUCAGCUCAUUAAAGGCCACACUUACAGCCUGGACUGUCCUGAGGCCUGUAAAAUUCAGCCUGUGAGUGCACUAUUUGACUUGAAGUAUGGACCAAAUUACCACCCAACUUUUGAGAUUCGGCUGAAUUUGAGCACAGAGGAAGCGACUGUGACAGUCCAGGACCAAGAGAAGAAACUUGUCUGGGAGUAUCAUGUUGACCUCACUGCUGCUCCAUCAACCCAACCUCAAGCUGAUGAACCAGCCCUGCUCCCAGUCCGAACUGAAGGAGGUUCAGAUUCAUCCUCAGCUUCAGGUUCCGCUCCCACUGAACCAGCCUCAGUCCAUGUAGCAGCUGGAGGAGGAGGUCCUGAUCCAAGUGGCCAAAAUCUACAGAGAGGGGACGAGGAGAGGAGGCUGUUCUCUGUUCGGAAAGAGUUUAUUGAGAGAGUGUCCAAUUCAGUUUUAAAAGACCUGCUGGAUGUUCUUCUGGAAAACAGGGUUAUAAACAGCGGGGAAAUGGAGUCAAUCCAGGCGUUGCCCAGGGCAGACAAAGCACGAGAGCUGAUCGACUCUGUGCGAAGAAAGGGAAAUAGGGCUUGUAGAAUACUGAUCCAUUCUUUCUCGAAGGUGGAUCCAUUUCUUUGUUCUUCACUGCUGAAGUGAAACUGAAUCAAAAAUAACACAUAGUUAAAUACUGAAGAAAUCUGCAUUGUAUCAGUGCGUUUUAAAUAAUGCACAUCAAGAGGUUUUAUUUUGAAAUGCCAUCUUUUGAAAUUUCACUCUGAUAUACAGAGUUUUGUACAACAGCCCUCAGACCAUGAUGAUGUUUGAUGUGAUAAAAAUGGAGAAAUGUUGCAGAUACAGGGAAAAAAUAUUUAUGGUUUCGUUCCAAAACUGAAUUAAAAGAGCAGAUAAUGGUCGAACCAUUGUGAUCCUAAACUCAGGUGUCAACUGUAUAUAAAAUAUAUAUGUGUUUUCUUAUUAUGAAUCAGGUUACAAGUUUACAUUGCAGGUUGAAACAUAUUGAAUACAGUAUGUUGUCAAACGAAUGUCAUAGUAUGUUAAUAUGGAAUGAAUAUCAGGAAAUAAGUCCAUCAUUAUCAAACUAUAUAAUUUAUUUUAUGCUGAUCAUUUUUUGUAAUCUUUCCAUCAGUCCACUCAACUGUUUCUGCAGAUAAUGACGAAGGCAGCUUGAAUAUAUCCAACAUGGUUGUCUCCUUCUUUCAGCUUCACUACAGAGAGCCUUUAACUUUAUACUUUAUAGUUUUAAUCAUUUACCUGCUGACUUUCUUAACUACAUAUGACUAUGUCAUUUUACGUUGGAGAUGUUUUUAGUCUAUUUUUUAUUUUUUAAAUCUGUUUGUUAUAUUUCAUUGAACUUAUUUUAUUUUAUUGAUCUAUGCCUUUAUAUUAUUUGUUUUAGAAUCAUUUGUAAAGCACUUUGGUCAACCUUGUUUUUAAAUGUGCAAUAGAAAUAAAAUUGGGAUUUGACAUUGA